UCUAACAUCAUCAUCAUAAUCAUUAAUUUAAACAAAUUUUUAAUCGAUGACAUUGAAAUCUGAAUGGAUGGUGAUUGUUUUUUUGUUUUUGUUUUAUUUCGAACAAGUUCAAGAUCACAAUUAUCAUUAACAGAAUCUAUACAAGUUCAUCGGGUUAACAAAUAGACUAUUCAUUUGUGUGUGUGUGGGGGGCGAAUAUUGUGUAACAAAGAAAAAUAAGUGUUUAAGAUAAUCCAACUUGAAUGAUCAAUAGAUCAUCUUGAUCGUAGCUGUCAUUGUCAAACAAACAAACAAACAAACAUAGAUUUCUUCCUUGAACACAUAUAUGCACACAUGAUUUUUGGUGGCACAAUUUUUUCUUCAAUGUUUCAAAUCAUUGCAUGAGAGACAGCAGGCAGCAGUGUAGACAUUAAAGAAUGAAUGAAAAAAAUAGGAUUUUUUUUUCACAAAAUGUUACAUUGACAUUGUUUGAUCAACGAUUCGGGUCUUGAAAUGUUAUUUUUUUUUUUGAAUCAAACAACACAUUAUCUUGUUUUAUGUUGUGUAAGAUGAUAAAAAAAAAUCAAAAGCAAAUGUUUUUUUUUCUUUAAAGAAACAUCACACCAUUCAUACGUAAAGUAUUUAAACACAAUGUUUGUCGUUGGUUAUGAAAAAUUUUGUUAUCAUUCAAGAUUUUUCAAACAUUCGAUUCGAAUAUCAAAAUAAAAUUAUGGCAACCAUAGUGACCAUGUUACCCAUUGGUGUAAUAAUAACCGCCAUACUAGUCAUCAUUGUUAAUCUAUUCAGAUUAAUUUUUAUCCAAUAUCGAUCUUAUCAAUAUCUGAAAAAGAUUCCUGGUCCUGAUUUUCGUAAUCCAUUGCUUGGAAAUUUAAAACUAUUCAUCGAUAUCAUUUGUACACCUAAUUAUCGUCCAUCACAAGGAUUUUUUAGCCUAUUAAAAGAUUUAAGUGAUGAAUAUGGUUCAAAAUUGGGUCUUUGUCGUGUUUGGUUCGGACCAUUCAUACCGAUUGUCGUUGUAACCGAUGCUAAUAUUGCACAGAAAAUUUUAAACAGUGAACAUCAUCUGGAUAAAGCUACACCAUAUCGUUUGGUUCGAUUCGUAAUAUUUGAUGGAAUUCUUACAUGUAAUACGGAAAAAUGGCGUCAACAAAAACGUGAACUACAACCACAUCUUAAAUUGAAAGCAUUGCAUUCAUAUCUACCGAAUACUAAACAUUAUUUAUCGAUAUUGAAUGAAAAAAUUGAUCAAUGUAUCAAGGAUAAUAAUGGUAUAUUUUCGGAUGCUAAACCAGUCGUUUCAACGUUUGUACUCGAUGUUCUUGGUGCAAAUUUUUUCAGUACAGAAUUCAAUUCAUUAUCAGCUGGUUUCAAAGAACCUAAAUUCAUCGAACGAUUCGAACGUAUGACUGACUUAAGCUAUGUAAAUCUAUUGAAACCAUGGACAUAUUUUUUCCGUUAUGAAUUAUUCAAUUCAUUGAUAUUGUUCACAACCAAAAAUAUGGAUAAUUUAAAAAGUUUGUGGCUUAUUCUACGAUUUCAGCGUUCAGUUCGAGAGAUCAUUAAUAAUCGUGUGGAAAAAUUACGUAAAAAUAAAGAUGAACGAACUACAAUGAUGCUGGACACAAUGAUCGAAUCACGAAUGGAUCAUAAUUCAAUGAAAGUGACAAAUAUUAAAGAAAUUGAAACGCAUAUGAAUUUUUUCAUUAUUGGUGGACAUGAUACAACAACAACUUCAUUAUCAUGGACAUUAUAUUUGCUUGGUCAUCAUCCACAGAUACAGGAACGAUUACGUGAAGAAAUUGAUGAAUAUCUAGAUGAAUUGGAAGCUAAUGAUGAACAGAUUACAUUAUUGAAUAUGAAACGAUUAAAAUAUCUGGAAUGUUGUAUACUGGAAGCAUUACGUCUAUAUCCAUCGGCACCGAUUGUUGGUCGCCGUGGACGAACACCAAUUCAACUGGAUAAUGGAAUCACUUUACCAACACAUGUUAAUUAUUUGAUAAUCAUAUCGAAAAUAUUGAAAGAUCCAAAAUAUUUUCGUGAACCAAAUCGUUUCUAUCCAGAACGUUUUCUAGUGGAUAAAGAUGAUACAGAAAAUUGGUUCACACAUUUAGCUUAUUUUCCAUUCAGUGCCGGUAUUCGUAUGUGUUUAGGUCGUGAAUAUGCAAUGAUGCAAUCAAGAAUGUUAUUCAUCAAUCUAGUUGGUAAUUAUCUAAUUAAAUCAUUAGAUAAUUAUGGUGAAUUGAAUCCAACAAUGAAUGUUUUACAUGUACCGGCACAUUUUCCCAUUCAAUUUCAACGACGAACAAAUUGUAAAAUUAGAAAAUUAAUAAUUUAAAA